CAGGAUGAAGGGGUUAAACCCAAGAGCCAAGGUUAGGGCACUGCUGCUUAUUUGAGGCAAAGGAGCAUUUUUCUCUUCACGGCAUCCCCUGCGCGCGCCCCGCCUGCUCGUGCCCGAUUCGGCGCGCCCCUGCACCGUUUCCCCGCGCCUGCGCGGCCGUCCCUGCCCUGCGACUUGUGGCAGUUGCCGCGCAGGCGCCGUCCAGAAGCGAGCGAGCGAAGGACGCGGUGCCAGCUCGGUUGGGUGACGGCCUCUUCCUCGGCUUUGAGAUGCUACGCGUCCACUGGCUGUUUUAAAAUUUCGAGGCCGCUUGCCACUUACACCGCAGCUGGGGGACGGCAGUCUUUCGGCCCUUCUCAAAUCGGAGUGGUCGGUCCGUGCGAGUUUUAUUUCCUGGCCGCUGACUGCUUCGGUGGGGAAGAUAUUGGCAGCUGCACUACCACUUACCUUCCGAAGGUGCGCAGUGGAGCUGCGCAGUCGGCGUAUCAGUGUUCACCCAGGAGAGAUAGGAAUGGAUGUCACAAGCCGAUGUACGCUCGGCGACCCCAACAAGCUGCCUGAGGGUGUACCACAACCAGCUAGGAUGCCAUUUGUAUCAGACAAGCAUCCCCGGCAGACUUUAGAAGUGAUUAACCUCCUGAGGAAGCACCGGGAACUCUGUGACGUGGUGCUGGUUGUGGGUGCAAAAAAGAUUUAUGCACAUCGAGUUAUCCUAUCUGCCUGCAGCCCUUACUUCCGAGCCAUGUUCACUGGUGAGCUUGCAGAAAGCCGGCAAACGGAGGUGGUGAUUCGUGAUAUCGACGAGCGAGCUAUGGAGCUUUUAAUUGACUUUGCAUACACGUCUCAGAUAACAGUAGAAGAGGGGAAUGUACAGACCUUGCUGCCAGCGGCUUGCCUCCUGCAGCUGGCUGAGAUCCAGGAGGCAUGCUGUGAGUUCCUGAAAAGACAACUUGAUCCCUCCAACUGCCUAGGGAUCAGAGCUUUUGCUGACACCCACUCCUGCAGAGAACUGCUCCGCAUUGCUGACAAAUUCACUCAGCACAACUUCCAAGAGGUGAUGGAGAGUGAGGAGUUCAUGCUGUUACCAGCCAAUCAGCUGAUUGAUAUCAUUUCCAGUGAUGAGCUGAAUGUGCGGAGUGAAGAGCAAGUUUUUAAUGCAGUUAUGGCCUGGGUUAAAUACAGUAUUCAGGAGAGACGUCCACAGCUUCCCCAGGUAUUACAACAUGUUCGCCUGCCAUUGCUCAGCCCCAAGUUUCUAGUGGGAACUGUCGGAUCUGACCCCCUCAUAAAGAGUGAUGAAGAAUGCAGAGACCUUGUCGAUGAAGCCAAAAAUUAUCUGCUGUUACCACAAGAACGGCCCCUAAUGCAGGGUCCAAGGACAAGGCCUCGUAAACCUAUCCGAUGUGGUGAGGUUUUAUUUGCAGUUGGAGGUUGGUGCAGUGGGGAUGCAAUUUCGAGCGUUGAGCGCUACGAUCCUCAGACCAACGAAUGGCGAAUGGUAGCUUCCAUGAGCAAACGGCGGUGUGGAGUAGGGGUCAGUGUGCUGGAUGAUCUCCUUUAUGCAGUGGGUGGACAUGAUGGCUCAUCAUAUCUAAAUAGCGUAGAGAGAUAUGAUCCAAAGACCAACCAGUGGAGUAGUGACGUGGCUCCCACCAGUACAUGUCGGACCAGUGUUGGCGUGGCAGUUUUGGGAGGGUAUCUGUAUGCUGUAGGUGGCCAGGAUGGCGUCUCUUGUCUGAACAUUGUGGAAAGGUUUGACCCGAAAGAGAAUAAGUGGGCACGUGUGGCUUCAAUGAGUACCAGACGGCUAGGUGUGGCAGUUGCUGUAUUAGGUGGAUUUCUUUAUGCUGUUGGUGGAUCUGAUGGUACCUCUCCCCUUAAUACUGUUGAACGCUACAGUCCGCAGGAAAACCGAUGGCAUACCAUUGCACCAAUGGGAACUCGCCGGAAACACCUGGGGUGUUCUGUUUACCAGGACAUGAUUUAUGCUGUUGGAGGGAGAGAUGAUACCACAGAGCUAAGCAGUGCUGAGAGGUUCAAUCCCCGUACUAACCAGUGGUCUCCAGUUGUGGCUAUGACGUCGCGCAGGAGUGGGGUUGGCCUUGCAGUUGUGAAUGGGCAGUUGAUGGCAGUGGGUGGGUUUGAUGGUACAACUUACUUGAAAACCAUUGAAGUUUAUGAUCCAGAUGCAAAUACGUGGAGGUUAUAUGGAGGUAUGAACUAUCGCAGACUGGGCGGUGGAGUGGGUGUUAUCAAAAUGACGCACUGCGAAUCCCACAUAUGGUAAACCAGUAAAGUCUGAUAUCGUUGCUGCUAUUGGAUGCUGUAAUUGUUUAGGAGAGUACACUUUCAUUGUGGUAUUCAGUUCAGUAGAAUCUGGCUGCUGAUCAAUCAAAGUAGGAGAUAUUCAGAGCUCCGUGCAAUACAUGGUCAAUGGAAAAGCAGACUUCUAUGUUGGUCCAGUGAACAGUUCUAAUGAUAUUGCAGAUUGAUGCCUAUACAAGUUUUGUGUGUGGGGAAAGCUUUCUCAUUCAGAACAGUUGGCAGCACCUGAAAACUGGGCAGAAUAGAAAAGUUGCACAACUGUAACUUGGAUGGUAGUGAUGAAAUCAACUAUUUAAUCCUCAUCUUUCAAGGAAUUUGAAAUGAAAACAGGUGUUGGCUUACAUCUUUUGGAGAUGAUUGACUAUCAACAUGUGGAAAUAAUCUAGUUCCUUCCUAACUGAACGAUACUACGGACUCUAGGAAAGAAAAUAUUUAUGGUGACAGUUAAGUUGGGGCAAAUGGAAACUCAGUUGUCCCCCUAUGGAGACCUAAAUACUAAAACCACCCAUUGCUACUUUUUUCUGAUGUUCAAUAAUUUUUGUGUUUGGUACAGUGAUAGUAUUCUUUUAUUCAGGAUACAUGCAGGAGUAAUACAGUCCUGAACUCCCUGAAAUAUAACAAAGCUGGGAUCUUCUUAAAGGGCAUUGUGUUCAUGAGAAAGUGAACAGUUUUCUCUGUAAUUCCAAGUGCACAGUAUGAUAAUGCACAUCACAUUACUUGUCAUCAUGACUAAAUAAGGUGCAUGGUUCUUCCUCCUGGAAGGCAAAAAUGUUUGGAAAAGAUUUUUCUCAUGAUAAGCAUACCCUUUCAGGGUCAAUUUGAGUGAACUGUAGAAAUGUUGAUCUUAAAGCAGUAUUUUCUGUUAUCAGAUUUCAUUUGAGUUUAACUGAUAAUUAAGUUCAAAAAGUUGUCCACAACCUUCUUGCUACUGGUGAAUAUUAAGUUAAUUUGUUAUAUUGUUUCACGUGGAGCGUUUUCAUAGUUUUGGAUGAAUGUUAAGUGCUAAUAGAUCUUUAAAAACAAUAACUGCAUUGUUUUGUGACUGAAGUGGGUGAUAACAAUGUAAUGAGGCUUCUGCUGAAUGGCCUCUUUGUAGGUUACACAGUUCAAUCAUUAGAUUAUCUCCAGGUGUAUCGAAGAAAUGUCCAGUUGUACUUUUAACUGAAGAUCAUUAGGAGAAGGAAGGUAGGUUGGACAUUUAAUCUUGAUUCAUUGAAUUGAUCUUGUCCAUGAUAUCUUUCUUCACAGAAAAACUAAACAUUACUGAUGGUAGGCUAUUGGUGUAAUUGGAACAGUAGAAAUUAUGGAGAGAGUGUAAUUCGAACAGUAGAAAUUGUAGAGAGAAUUUACAUAUUUUCCAGCUGUUUGGGAUUUCAAAUCAGAUCUGUUUGAUUUUCAUUUUUGCUCUUGCUGCUUUCAGGAAGAGCACAGUAUCACUACACAUAUUAUAAAUGUUAAUGCGAUAAUUGCACUUAUAGCAUUAGAUAAAAACAUGCUUCACACAACUGAUCACUUUUUGAAGGACAGAAACUGUUACAUAACCAGAUCUAAAGCAGUAACCUCAGUAAUGGGUUAAGUGACAGUUUGAGUUCUUUUCUCUCUCAAAUAUUUGUUAAGUAGCAUGUUGCUGAACAGUAUACACAAAGAUGGUUUGAUGGAUUAGAUUUACAGGAUUACUCAGCACCCUUUUCCAAAGAUGGAAUGCUAUUUUGCCUCUUAGUCCCAUCAUUUGCCCCAGACUCUAAUGUCAUGGGUAGAAUUUGUAUUAAGUUGCCACGACCAAAGCAAGCUUUCAGGUGCACAGUAUUUUCUGCUAAAUGACAUUUCAUUGAUGGGAUUGUAUUAAACUACAAAAAAUUGAUUCCUCAAUAUUUUAUGUACGAAACCCUAUAGUAUCUGCUUUUCUUACUUGUUGAAUAUUCCAUGAUUAUUUAUUGGUUUCAGUUGAUUACUGUACAUUUGUAGGAUUCAUUUUUGCAGCACUCUGAUAAAUUAUGCAAAUAAUCAGUGGAAGCCUUUAUAUUUAGAUGACUGGUGUAUGUGUCCUCCUUUAGUUGAUGUAUUUCAACUGUUUUCAAUACUUACAAUCAGGUUCCAGGAGUGCUUUCAGUGAAUUGGUGAGAAUGAAAUGUCUUCCUUCUUCCCCAGAAUUUCUACCCCUCCGUAUCCCUCUUAGACAAAGAUCUAUCUUAAAGCUGAUCCAAUCAGUGUUACUGCAAUGAAACAAGCCAGUCUCCUUAUUUUGCAUUUUUCUCUCGACAUGUAGUUCUAAUCUUCCAGAGCCAUAAAGCACAGAAAAAGGCUUUGACCCACCAAGUCCGCAGCAUCCAUCAAGCAUCCAUUUGCAUUAAUUGACCAUAAUCGCAUUUUAUUCUUCCUGCAUUCUCAUCAACUCCUUCAUAUUCCACCAUGCACCUACACGGUAGGGAUAAAUUACAAUGGCCAAUUAAUGUAACAACCUGCACAUCCGUGGGACAUUGGAGGAAAACUAUGCACCUGGGGAAGACCAAGCAGUCAUAAAGCAAAUGUGCAAACUACACACAGCACAGGAGGUCAGGAUCCAACACAGGUUGCUAAAUUUGAGGCUGUAGCAUUACUAGAUGUGCCACCCAGUUGCUGUGUUCAUUAAUACUGUGUUUUAUACUUUAUGGACUGAAAGAAAAACUAUGUAGCACUUUUCACAAUCUUGGGAUGUUCCAAAGUGCUUUUUGUGAAUGCAAUCCCUACUGUCAUGCAGGAAACACGGCAGUCUGCUUUGGUACAGUGAGGUCCCAGAUAAUCAGUAAUUUGAUAGUGGCCAGAUAAUCUGUUUUAGGAUUGUUGGUUGAGAUAUUGGCCAGAAAACUGAGGAAAUUCCUGCUGCUUCUAGAUGAUCACUGUAUUUUGUGACAGGAAAGAUUAGUCUGACAAUCCUCAGCAGAACUAAAUUCUAACCGUAAAGAUAUACUCACAAAGAAUUAAUGAAGCACUCUAAUUGAAAGCAGUCUGAAAGAUUUUUCAUUCAAUAGUUCUAACAUGACAGCCUUCUUUCAAAAAAAAACCUAAUGUAUAAUGGAUGGUACUUGCAUUUGCCAAUGAAACUCAGGAGAGUUAUAGUACAUGUCCACCACAGGCAUGUGAUCCAAACUACUGUAAUCUUUUAGUAAGCAGGUUCUAAACUUAUUUUACUGUACUUUUGCUCUUUUUUCAUUUAUUUUUAAGCUGUAUGCUACAAAUAGUUUUUUUUCCCCAGAAAAACUGUCCUGUACUAUUCAUGGGGCUUUUGCAUAGCAUACAUACAUGCUUUUCUCAUUACAGCAGCCAAUCCUAGAGCAUGCAUACUUGCAGCUGAACUGGAAGGUUGGUGUUCAGUGUUCAAUUGUAUUUCAUAAUUAUUCUUAGCUGCUUUAAGAGCUAUUAUGUUGAGAGACUUAUUAAAUCAAACUGCUACACACUCCUGCUAAUUUUAACAUCCUCUCUCCCUCUUGUUUUUAAAAAGUUCAUUUCACAAAAAGUGAUUUUUGAAUCACUCCCUUCCAUUUAGUGAACUCAGUAAUUUCUUUAGAUAGGCUUUCUGAUUUUAAGAUUAAAUUUAAAGGCUGCAAUCUUCUUUCCCUAUCCUAUCGCUUAAAAGACUACUUCCAGAACUUAGGUUUAUAUUUAGUCAUUCAUGUGGAGUAAAUUACAGUAGUUGUGGUACUUUGUAACAAUGGGCAGCAUAAAAAUGUACAGACACAAUGAACCACUGAAAAUAUUGUACAGGUCAAACUUUUAGAAUGUGGUUGAAGGGUCAUUUAAUGAUUUAAUAAAUUAUUAUACUUUACAACAGCUGUUUUUUUUUUACUGCAAGUGAUACCAGGUUUGUUCCCAGCUGAUUUCAUGUUUUGUUUUUUUUCUUUUAAACCCAAGUUAAGGAAAAACCUGUACUUACUUCUACCAUGGAUCUAUUUUAAAAUAGCACUAUUUAAAAUUAAGCAAAAUAAUUGUCAGUUAUCCACCUUUUGCCAAUUUUCUCAAAUUCCACAUGAGUAUGAGAGCAUUAGAUUUGUCAGUUGGCAAUUGCAUCUCCUCCAGGUGCUAAUUUCUUUCAUCAGUGCUAUUUUAUGACUUUUGUAAGCAGUUAUGAGAUGUUACAUGCACUUUCCACAAAUAAACUGUAAAAGUUUUUGUACAACAA